UUGUCACUAAGACAACUUUAUUAUUUUUUAAUGGUUGGACUUGGUUUUUGAGUGCUUGUAAAUAACAAAAUAAAAAUUGUUAUCGUGCUCAAUUUCUAUUAAAAUACCGUUUAUCAGUGACAUUUGUGUUCUCUUAAUUGUUCUAACGAUGUCUUCUAUGGAUUCUAUCUUCUAACAGCAAAAUCAAGUGUUUCUGUGCCCUUUCUAGGACAACCAGUGAAGUGACGCGCCAUUGUUGUACACAAGCCAAGUACAAGCUAAAAAUAACUCUAGCUUUUACAGCAAUUCAUAAACAAACCUUCUUUUUCUUAUUUGUGAUGUACCCGCAUCCCAUCAGCGCGGAAGAAGAACAGAGGAUAAACUUGAUACCGAGUGUGAAGCUUCUCCAUUCAAAGAGGAAAGGGAUAUUUAUACACCCCUCUGCUAUGUACAGAAGUAGUGCACCGUGCAUGAAUAUAUGCGCUUCGUUGACAACAAAUUGCUUGAGAGGGUAAAUACUGGUACCAAACGAUUGUAAAGAUGAAACUCUUAGAAAGUGGGCAUCUCGAAGCGCUGAGCAGCGCCCUGUCUAUCCUGAAUGGAGACAGCGCUGUGCAAGGCCGAGUGGAGAGCUACAGUUGCAAAAUGGCAGGCGGCGAGAAAGCUUUCUACAAGCGCUUCACAGCAGAUGGAGAAACCACUCACAAUCUUCAGGCUUUAUCGCCUCCGGAAGGUGUUCCAUAUAGCCGAAGCCUGUCAGGCGAUGAAGAGGGAGUGCUCUGCGAUACAAUAUCUCGGAAAACUUUAUUUUAUUUGAUUGCCACACUGAAUGCUGCCUUUCCAGAUUAUGAUUUUUCAAUGGCAAAGAGCAGUGAGUUUAGUGCAGAACCAUCACUGAGUUGGGUGCAAGGUGCGGUGGACGCAGCACUGUCUGCUGUGGGUGGGAUGCGGUGGCGACAACUCCGACCAGCCCUGUGGGCCGCCAUAGAGGAGGAAGUGGCACUGCCAGAGUGCCGAAUAUACAGCUACAACCCAGACUUGGCCAGCGAUCCCUUUGGGGAGCCAGGUUGCCUCUGGACAUUCAAUUACUUCUUUUACAACAAGAAGCUGAAACGAAUUGUUUUCUUUACAUGUCGAGCAAUGAGCCCUGUUUGUGCUGAUUCUGGAGUGGACUUUGCUAUGGAUGAAGAUGAGGAGUACAACUAAAUAUUUUUUAUUUUCUAUAUUCUAUUAAUAAAUAAUUUAAGUAAUAUUUUCUUAUUAACAAACACAUAAUUAAAAUAUACAAGUUUAAAAUAGAGUUAUUAAAAGUAAGGUGAGUUUAGAUAUGGCACACUUAAUAAUUUAUCUUUAUUUGUUUUUGGAGUUUGUGUAGUUACUAGUGAAGAUAGGUAUUCACGUAAUUUUCUUUGUCUAGAUUUAAGAGGAGCAUAAUUCUACUUUACAUUAUAAUAUUAUAUGCUAAAAACUAUUCAGCAUUCAAUAAUUUUCUCAAAAAUAUUUUUUUUUCAAGGUAUAAUUAUUAUUAUACUUACAUAACCAGGUGCCCUUUUAUAAUUUGAUUGGAUUUGCUAUGACAAGUUACUGGAUUGUUUAUUUUUUAAUAGACUUCCAUUUAAGGAGGAGGUUCUCAAUUUGGUGCGUUUUUUUUUUAAUAUCUUCUAGGUAUAUAUUGAUUUCUCGUCAAUUUUAAGUAUAUAAAGUAGGUAACGCAAAAUGACAAUUUUUAUUAAAUAUUUGCCAAAGUGAUUUCACUUUUGCAAUUUAGUUUAAAAAAAUUGAGCCUAACAAAUACAAAGUCAGAUAUUCCAUAUCAUUAUAAAUUAACCAUAAAAUAAAUUGGUAUUGUUUCUUCCGCCUUAUCCAUUUUCUUUCAAUAACUGAUAUUCUAACUUAGUAUUAUGACAAAAAUAAUGUAUUUUUUUAAAUAUAUCUAUGCAAACAAACAUAUUGAAGGAUCUCUGUGCACAAAGAUUUUUAGAUGUCUUAAGUAAUAAGUGAUUAAUGCAGUUCAGUGCAGUUUAAGUUUUAAUUUACAUUUUCAAAUUCAGUUGUUUACCAUAUAAGUAUUUAUGUAUGGAUGUGAAAAACAACUUGAGUGUAAUAUUUAAUGUGAUUAUCUUAUUUUUUAAUGUGCUUAGGGUUGCCAUAUUAUUAUUUUGUAUUGUGUAUUUUGAUAUUUCUUUUUCAAAAAUUAUUAUGUAUUUUUAUACAAAAGUAAAAUAGUUGUAUGAUGUAUUAACAAUAAAAGGUUAAUAGCA